CAUCGGAAUGGAUACCCGUCCCCAUUUUCCCAUAUCCCUGUUUACAGCUAGGUUAUUCAUUCCCACUCUCUUUCAUUCCCCCACUCACUCCAACAGAGUCGAUUUGUGACGGCGACGAUCUAGGGGCGGCGAUCUCCGUCGGCGCUUAGUUCUCCGGCGUGAUUCUUCAAGCUUGAUGGGAUUUUCCAGGAAAAUCGACUUGAGCUGACGUCGAUCUUCAAAAGCUCUAUUUAUCCUUCUAUUGAUUCCAGGACUUUUCCUACGAACCCAUUUUGGCUGAGAUCAAGAAGCUUCUGUUUCUUCAAUUUGGCUAGAUUUAGAGACACUUCGCUGCUGAAAUUGUUUUCUGGAGAGUGUAAUCUGUUUGAGAUUGGUUAAAUCUCCCAACCCAUCUGGGAUUUCACCAAAGACGAGUGAGUCUGCUUCGGCUAUGCUGGUGAAAAAAUGGAGGGACUGAACCUUCCUUGACAUCAUAUAUAUUUGUCUCUGUUCAGCAGCAGCAAGGAGUGAACAACGAUUAGGGUUUCAGGCGAUCCUCCAUCGUUGGAGCUAUGAAUCCAUUGACGCUAGUGAAACGAAUUCAGAAUAUCAAUUCGAAAGAAGCUGCGUUAGGUAUUUCUGAACAAGCUUCCUGGCACGCCAAGUACAAAGAUUCUGCUUAUGUCUUUGUCGGAGGCAUUCCCUUUGAUCUCACUGAAGGCGAUCUUCUUGCUGUUUUUGCACAAUAUGGAGAGAUUGUUGAUGUUAACCUUGUCAGAGAUAAAGGCACUGGUAAAUCGAAAGGUUUUGCUUUCAUUGCAUAUGAGGAUCAAAGAAGUACAAAUCUGGCUGUUGACAAUCUGAAUGGCGCUCAAGUUCUCGGUCGAAUCAUUAGGGUUGAUCAUGUUACUAACUAUAAAAAGAAAGAAGAGGAAGAUGAAGAGACAGAGCGGCAGAAGAGGGAGGCACGAGGAGUGUGCCGUGCUUUUCAAAGAGGUGAAUGUAACCGUGGAGCUGGAUGCAAGUUUUCCCAUGAUGAACAAGUGCUUACUGAAACCUUUGUUUCUCCCCCUCCCUGUACUCAGAGAGCUGCAAACACUGGUUGGGGUCCUGAGGAUUAUAAGAAAUCAAGAUGGGGUCAUGACAGGUUUGAGGGUUCGACAAAGAGUGAAAAACAAACUGGCUCGUCUAAUCGCAAUUCAGAAUUCCCAGCACAGGAAGGGCAUAGGUCAAGUGAUAGAGGUGCAAGAAGUUCCAGAACAAAGGGCAGUGAAGUAGGCAGAGAGAGCCAGAACAAGCUGAGGGAAUUAAAAUCAAGAGAUACGGACCACGGGGACAUGGAGAAUCAAUUUGAGCAGAAAGAAAAGAUGGAUCAGAAGGAAGAUUGGGAUAAGCGAGGAGGAGCAGAGAAAAGACCUCGGAGGCAUGAUGCUGAACCAAAUUCAAGAGAAGACCAUGAUAAUGAUAGGAGGGAGGAGAAGAGAUCAAGAAGGAAUGAAUCAGAAUCUUAUCACAAAGAAGACCUACAUACGAGGGGAAGGGACAGAAGGUCAGAUCAUGAUAGAGAUUCUUCCUCCCAUCGUCAUUCAAGGAUAGAUGAAGAUUAUCGUCACAGAUCACGCAGAUGAGUUUUUUUUUUGGGGGGUUUUCAGAACAAGAGCUUUAUGUUUUCAGAAUGAUUAGAGGUGUAACUGUCAUUAUAGUUGGACGAAUUUAGACGAAUUUCGACAUGGUUGUGUAUGUGCAGUUAAUUUGCUUCGACGGUGCAUUGAGAGAGAUUAAUCUGUUCUCUGCUGAAUAGAAGGUCUCUGAGCUUCCAAGUUUUAAAACCUCAUUUCCAUAUGCCGACUUUCUUUCCUCGGACUAUGAGAGAAUUUACCAAUUUUCUUUUCAAUUUAGUGAUGCUAUGCUUGUAUUGAUUGUUUUUGUACAAUAUUAUAUGCAAAACGAUAGGGUGUUUUUUUUGGUUAUUUGUGCUCCGAUGAAUGGAUCUGGUGGGGUUGGUGCUAUUCCAUAAGCACCGUGUUGUUAA